AUUUGGUGGACCAAUGCCGAAUGCACAGCACGGUCGUCGAGCGUUUGCGCCGCAGCCGACAGGCACACCGCCGAUGCUUCCACCGCAGCACAGUGCCCGUAACCAAAUGCAGAAUCGCGGAAGGAAACGACGAUUGGCUGAUAAAGUGAUACCUCUACAGGUCCGGGAGUUGGUGCCGGAGUCGCAAGCCUACAUGGAUCUAUUAGCAUUCGAGCAGAAACUUGAUGCGACAGUUACGAGAAAGAAGUUGGAUAUUCAAGAAGCAUUGAAAAGGCCAAUAAAAGUUAAAAGGCGGCUUCGAAUUUACAUCUCACACACGUUCAUUGCU